UUGUCUUGUUAUAUGUGCCUCAACAUGUGGGUAAAUCUUGGCACAUGUUUUUAAUUUCAGCAUAUAGGCAGAGUCAGCCUUGGAGGCUGUAAACAUAUCAGGUUCUUUUAUUUUGAGUAUCGUCAAUCGAUAGACUGUUUCAUUAUCGCGAAUAUUACAAAACACACUACUUACAGAAUAAUGAUAAACUUUAAUUUUUAAUGUGUCAUUAUUAUGCGGUUGUGUAUCAAUUAGAAAUUGUUGUGAGCGUACAAACUUGUCUUCUUUAAGGGUAAUGACACUGACUUCACAAUUUAACAUAAGUGACCACUGUUGUGAGUUUACUUGUACCAUCAGUUUGCUGGAAAAGACAGGUUUUCUGUUUAAUAAUUUUACGCAGCUUUAAACUUACAAACGUCAUUUUUACUUUUAUAAUACCACCUUCUCACGAUAGCUAACAUAACACCAUCAAACUUUCCAUGUUUUACAGUGCAGCCAACACAACGUAAUUAAAGCUACAAUGGUAAUAUUUACAUUCAGUGUUGGUCAUUUACGUUUAUUAAAUAUGAGUGGUACUACUGAAGAUAAUAUGGCUGCUUAUAUGAGAAAUUAGUUUUUUCAUGAGUGUUUACAAUGUUGAGUAUGAUGAUACUACUAUGGAACAGUAUUCGAUUUUUAGUUUUACAGUGGCUUUAUUCAGUUGUGCGAGAUCUGUAUUCAAGACACAGUACUCUUGGGAAAAAAUUCAUUACAACACAUCGAAAAGCUGUCUGUGAGCUCCAUCCAGUGGCUUGUGGAGAGACGAGCGGUCAACAUGCAGUCGCUGCCCCUUAGCCUUCUUCUCCUGACAGCUGCUGCUGUCAGCUCCAGCAGCAGCAUCAUGGACAUGUUCACGUGGGAUGGUCUUCUCGACAUACCAGAUGAUGAAAUCAGCCAGCAGCGGGAUAAUGAACCAAGCGACCUAGUAGAGAAGAGAUGCUUUUGUGAGGGACCAUCCUGUAAUUGCUGCGUGGACUUCAACCUCACUUACAUUGACCUGGGUGGUCCUGGAUGCGUUCUUAUGAAGUAUCUGUCUCCAACUGAUGGAAUAGCAGUUAAUGUUUCGUAUGGCAACAGGUUACUACACAGAGAAAUUGUGAAAGGUGCAAACCCUGAACCAUCCUGUAUGGACAUCCUGUCAGAUCUGGCACAGUUAUGUGCGCGCUUCAGUGAUCUGGCACCCACAAGUGACGGACUGCGCUGGUGCCUGCAGCUGGAGCCCACAUUGCUGGGGGAUGUGCAGGCGCAGUACCAGGUGGGCUGUUUCCGCAUGGGGCCCGAUGGAAUGUCAGUCCAUCCUCCCGUCAACACAACUGUACAGCCCAGUAGCACUGGCCCUUCUGAUAUGAAUUUGCCAAGUGAGGAGACACCAGAAGAAAUAAAUGAGGAAGCACUUAUAGCUGCAGUGAAUGAAUCAGCGGAAGAAGGAAUUGCAUUCUUCAGUAACCUCUUGGGAAUUACGUUUGGCGGUGGAGAGGCACCUGGAAAUACCACCGAGACGGACAGCACAACAGAGACAACUAGUCAGAAUCCAGCACCUGAACACACUCCACUUCCUUAGAUUAGAUUGAUGUUCGCAUUAUAACCGGACGUGGUACAUCAGAUCAGAAGAAAUACAUAUGAAGUGCUGCAACGAUUUUUGAGGUAAAAUUUUAAGAUAUGUGUCAGUUGUAAUUAUAUUAUAUUUUUGUCAAUUAUUAUUUAAUUAAAUUAUUAAACACCAUAAUAAGUGGCUUUCCAAUAAGCACUAUUACUCAUUUAUAACAGUCCAGAACUUGGAAAUAUCUGAUAUAUAAAUUCCUCUUGCUCUAGCCUCCCCAAAAAUGUUUGACAUGCUUUGUUAUAAUCUAACAUGGUGAAUACAACAUGAUUUUCAUCCUA